AUAUUAUUUGUUUUCACAACGACUGAAGCCAGGGAGAAUUGUAUUUCGACGUUAAAUAGACAGCCACUUUCAUCUCCAUAAAACACGUGUCAGACCGGCUUUCAGCUCUAAAACAAAAUGGCGGCGGCCUUGCUGCGCCGUGCGACGGGGAUCGUCAAGUCGAUUGCACAAACUUGUGCAUUUCCCGAGUCUCUCCUUCAUAUGUCGCCAAACUCAGCGAUGUUCGCACCAGUGGCAUCUCAGCAGCGCCCCCUGAUGGACUGGAGGAUGAUGAAGGACGAUAAAAGAAGAAAAAUGACCAAGGAGUAUUUCCCGCUAAGAACCAGAAUCAACGCUAUUCGCAAAAACACAAUUUUGCCUAAAGAGAUUCAGGAGUUGGCAGACCAGGAGAUUGCCUCCCUUCCUCGCGACAGCUCCUAUGUGAGAAUUCGUAACAGGUGUGUGAUCACUGCGCGACCUCGUGGGGUAUUGCGACGCUGGAGACUUAGUCGAAUUGUGUGGCGCCACCUAGCAGAUUAUAAUAAACUCUCUGGAGUUACUCGCUCCUGUUGGUGAUGGCACAUGGGGUGUGAUAUCUCUCUGGAGUUAUCUGAUCUUGCUGGUGAUCAGAAACAUAAUACUGUGAUAUCAUUGGAGUUUAUUGCCCUUGUUUGAGGAAUUACACAGGCAGUGUUGUACCUCUAUGGAGUGGAGUGCCUCUGUUCAUGUGACAGUGUGAUAUCAGGCUGGAGGUGUCUGCACUUGAACAGCUGUGGCUGAAGUUGUCUACCCUUGCUAGUCUGACUUACACAUACACACACAGUGAUAUCCUCUUGAGUUUGUGUGGGGUGAUAUAUAGCAAAAGAGAAUUAUCUGCCCUUGUAGGUGACCGGAUGCAUGGAUAUCUGUUAGAGUUAUCUGCCUUCUUAAUGAUUAGACGCAAGACAGUGACAUCAGAUGCCAGUAAAGACGGUUUUGUUGUUAGGAAAUAAAAUCCAUCAAGGGAACAGAAAUACAUGUGAGACCAGAGCACUGGCCUUAGUCUCAGAGAAUGUUGAAUGUCUUGUGAAUCGUUAUAAAGUUCCGAAUACAACAACAACAUUGAUAUUUUGUGUUUAUCAGGUGAGCUGACUCUAAAGAAAACAAAAAUGGAAUUAAAAAAAUGACUGAAAAUCUA